AUGCUCAAGCGAAUCAAUGUGUUAAUCUACAGUGGCGCUGGCACCUCACCUCAAGCAGUUCGUCAAGCCAUCGCGACAUUCCGCCAACAUCUCUCCCCACAUUAUGCAGUCUCAACUGUAGCUGCCACACAACUACUGCAAGAACCAUGGCCAUCAACAUGUGCAUUGCUAGUCAUUCCCGGUGGAGCUGACACGAACUACUGUCGAGACCUCAAUGGAAUCGGCACUCGGCGCAUCCGCGCGUACGUUGAAGCAGGUGGCAGAUUGAUGGGAUUUUGCGCGGGAGGGUACUUUGGCUCUGCGCGAUGCGAAUUCGAGGUCGGACGACAAGGAUGGGAGGUCGUGGGCCCGAGAGAGCUGGGUCUCUUCCCCGGCAUUUGUCGUGGGCUUGCGUUCAGUGGGUUCGUGUAUGGGAGUGAGGCUGGGGCCAGAGCAAUCUCGAUUGAGGUUAACAAGACGGCUUUCGCAUCAAAGGAUGACACAAGCACGGUACCGGACUCAUUCUAUUCAUAUUACAACGGCGGCGGUGUGUUUGUAGAUGCCGAAACAUUGAGUUCGCGAGGUGUAGAGGUUCUUGCGAAAUUUGCAGAUCCUCUCGAGGUGGACGCGGGUGAAGGCAAUGUCAAAGCAGCCAUCGUCCACUGCAGCGUGGGCCAAGGAGCUGCAAUUCUUACCGGACCUCAUCCUGAAUACUCAGGCUCAAGCCUCGAUCGCAACGAACCUUCCAACCCCCAAUAUGGCGACCUCAUCGAUACGUUGUUGGGUACCGACAAGCAGAGAAUACGCUUCAUAGAAGCAUGUCUUCUGAAGCUUGGGCUGCGCGUAAACGGCAAGCUCUUAGAUCCGGUAUCGUCUCCCUCAUCUCUACACCUUUCUUGCGCGCGAGUUGCAACUGCCGAGAGCAUCCUCAUCGCUUUACGACGCGACGCCGUUACCGUGGACUGCGAGGAAGGGCGCGAGUACAUUCGAGGCGAAAAUGACACAUUCCUGCUUCAGAUUCAUGGGCGUGGCGCCACAAUGGAGAAAGCAACCAUUGCAGGCAGUACUGAUUCCAUUCAAAGAUCGGCCGAUUAUGACAGACGAGCCGUGACAGACUCGGUUAAGAAUCUUAUAUUCCACCUCGAGCGUCAUCCAUCCCUCACCACGACACCAAAAUUCGACCACUCCGUGUACUAUGGCUCCCUCGAGCAAUUCCAAAAAGCAGCACAUAAGCCCAGCAGCAACCCAUUUGCGAAAUCUCCUAGCACGUACGGAAAUACCCUUCUUCAUAGUCCGCUCAUCUCCAGCACAUCGACUUUACUCGACAAAAAUUACAUCUUACUCCCUCACCUACCCGCUGGCACAGUCGUUCAUGCCACGACUCAAUUUGCCGGUCGUGGCCGGGGGACCAAUGUCUGGCUCUCUCCUCCAGGAAGCCUCUUAUUCAGCGUCGUCGUCCCUCAUGAGCUAGGCAUUUCCAAUCGCGGUCUCGCGCCCGUGGUGCUCGUGCAGUACCUUGCAGCCAUGGCCGUCAUACAAGGCAUUGAGCAAUACGGUCAAAAAACCCCUGAUGCGGAAGGAUGGAAAGCCGUAGCGAAGUGCGUGAGACUAAAAUGGCCGAAUGACAUCUAUGCGAAGUAUCCGGACUCCACCGCGACGGAUGGGUCCGAAUAUGUGAAGAUUGGCGGGAUUCUUGUCACGACGAGUUACUCGGGCGGGCACUACACUCUCAUUGUUGGUAUUGGAUUGAACGUGAACAACGAUGAUGGGUGCCCGACAACAUCGUUAUUGCAGAUCGCACGAUAUCUUGGUAUCGAUAGCAGAAUUCGUGCUCCCGCUUCUGCUUAUCGUCCGAUAGAAGGCGAGACUUCGACCCUUGCCUCGAGUUCAGUGGCGACGGUUUCUCUCGAACGUCUUCAAGCCAGCAUUCUUGUCGCUCUAGAAGGCCUGCACUUGCAAUUCUGCUCGAAUGGAUGGGAUCGCAACAUUGAGCGAAUGUACUAUGAAAUGUGGUUACACACGAACCAAGUCGUCACGGUCCGCAUCGAAGAUGAAGACCAACAAGCGACAAAGACCAAUAAUCAUUUCCUUUUCGAGUCAGACACCAAAGAAUGGCAAGCGAGGAUCAAAGGCAUCACCUCAGACUACGGAAUGCUCAUCGCCGAAGAAAUCCUGCCCGAUACGGCAUCUCCAGGACAGAGGCCAAAGAGCUUCGAGUUGAGGAGCGAUAUGAACAGCUUCGAUUUCAUGCAAGGUCUGGUCAGGAAGAAGGUCUGA